AUGACAGCUGCUCGACGACUUCCCACGAUCCAACGCCGAACCUUCCUCCCCGAUCAGUAUACCGACAAGAAGGUCAUUGACCAGAAGUACCCCGAGCCUCCCAGCUUGAGCGAGGCUGAGGACCCCGGAAUGAACGGAGGCUACAUCAACCCUCCCCGAAUCAAGCGACAGUUCCGUGAUCCUCAUGCGAACUGGUGGGAUCCUCAGGAGCGACGAAACUUUGGUGAACCCAUCCACGAGGAUAACGAUGUUCUUGGAAUCUUUUCUCCCUGGGAGUAUACCUGGACUACCGCUGGUCCUGGUGCAGUCAUGGUCGGAACUUUUAUCGCCGUUUUCCUGAGCGUUACGGGAGUUGUCUACCUUAACUAUCCCGAUCGACCUGCCUAUCCCCGAGAGUUUGAGGGUGGUCUGGAACGAGAGCUUGGUGGCCCUGGAGCUACAAGGGCUCGCAUGGAGGGUGACGAGGAACCUUGA